AUUGAACCAGUGGUCAACGGCAGCGAGCACGCUCGCGCUAUCUGUCACGAGACAUGAGGAGUCAGGACUGAUAAAUAUUUGUUGCUGGUUGUCGGGAACCAGUUUGACCAAAUAAAGGGUACGAGCUGGAUUCAGUUUGCCAGCUCUUUUCUAUAAAGUCAUCGCAGAAGUCGCGAAUAUUUUUUUGUGGAAAUAAACGCAAGGAUUAUUGCCGUGAAGGCGCGGACCGGAGAAGCUGAAUAUUUUGUCUACAUUAACGUAUUUUCUUAUACUAUAGGAAUGGUGUAGGUCCAAGAGGCCUUGUAUAUGAAUGACAUGAAACAUCUCACUGCCUAAGGUACCCCUUGAGGGGUGUGAUUCCUCAUACAAAAUGAUGAUGCAUAAGCAAUCAGCCCGUACCUCUCCGGGCAGUGUUUGUUCUUUACGUGGAGGAGCCGUUCCUGGAUCCCCAGCGGUCACUAUUGUGGCCAAAAUGGACAAUCAAGUGAUCGAGUAUAAAGAUCUAGCAGCUAUUCCUAAAGACAAAGCUAUUUUAGACAUAGAGAGACCUGACCUGAUGAUGUACCAGCCACACUUCAGUUAUUUACUAAUGGAUCAUUCAGAGAGAUCAUUGUCUCCUCGCUCUAUUUCUCCCCCUCCCUCUCCAGAGGACAGUCUAUUGAAGGACGCACAUGAUUGGUCAGAGCACAAAUCAUCCGGCAGCUCGUCUCCAGCAUCCACGCAGCAACUGAGCAAAAGCUUUACCAUCAGCACAAAAGCCCUACACCAGCAGCAGCACUUUCACAGGCCAGACAAUGGAACCAAUAUAUAUAAGAAGCGACCUAUAUAUAAACAAGCUGUUCCACAAAGUAAACACAUGGAGGACUUAAUCAUCGAGUCAUCCAAGUUUCCCGCCGCCCAGCCCCCUGACCCCAACCAACCCUCUAAGAUAGAGACAGACUACUGGCCCUGCCCACCCUCACUGGCUGUUGUUGAGACGGAACGGAGAAAGAAAACAGCAGCUGAGGUAGAGGAGGAUGAGGAAGAUGAUACCUAUGAUGACAGCGACCGGUCAGAUGACAUAUGGAGACUCAGACAAAUGCAGAAACAAGAACUCAACAAGAUUCAGUCUAAUCUAGGAAAACUGAUACUCAAAGAGGAGAUUGAGAGAGCAGUCCCUGUCCAAAGGAAAACACGGUCACUGCCAGACAGGACUCUUGGCUCCAAAUCCCCAUCAUUUCCUUCCUACACUAAGACUGGCAUUACAAGGCUGCAGUCUGCAGAGUUCUCAUCUUUAAACAGUGAUAAAGGGAGUCAAAGUAAGUAUGGGCAUUAUAUAUUUUUUCUAUAUAAUAGAGUAAUUUUGAUUUAUUUUAACAUUAAUAUUACCGGUAUUGAGAUGUAUACAGUAGUGGUGGAAAGUGUUUCAGUUGUGUAUUUUCAGAAUGGAGAAGCUCAGAGCAGACGGAUUGAUCGAGGGAAUUCACUUCCCAGUAUGCUGGAACAAAAGGUUUAUCCAUAUGAGAUGCUUAUCGUGACCCACAAAGGCAGAAAUAAACUCCCACCUGGUGUAGACAGAACAAGACUGGAGAGACACCUGUCACCUGACGAAUUCAGGAUUGUCUUCGGGAUGUCCAUAGAGGAAUUUGACCGCCUGUCCCUUUGGAAGCGAAACGACAUGAAGAGGAAAGUUUCUCUCUUCUAACAGUGGGAAAAAAUGUUACAAACACUGUCACGUCUGCACUUACACAAACGUUGCAACAGAAGUUACAGCAGAAAACAAAGGAAAGAUGAAGAUCGUGAUAUGAGGAUGUGAUUUAGGAGCCAGCAAAAAAUCUGUUAUCCUUACCUUUGAUAGCAGCUAUCAAUUAGUUCUCAAACAAUCAUAUCUUAAUCUUUGUUAUCCCUUUACCAGUCCCAGCUAUAAGUCGGGACAUCAGCAGGGUUACCACGUUUGCAUUGAAGUCUUCUUCUGUGUGUGCUUAGUAAAGCGAAAAUAAUAAUAUACACACAUGCUGCCAGUAGAUAUGAAUUGCGCCAGUAACUUGGAAUUUGUGAACUAUUUCAGUUCACUACAAAAUCACUGCCACACCAUAGAGUCAUCACGUGCUGAAUUAAAGUGAAUUAUGCAAAGUAGCUAUUGCUGAUGGUUUGGAGACUUAAAAUCUUAAGAUGCUACUUAUGCAGAUACCAGCGGUACAAUAUGGCAACAAUUACCAUGGCAACAGCUGAUGAUGAUACCGAGUGAGAGUUUGCUGUUCCAAAGAAAGCUACUGUAUAUUAGUAAGAGUUUACUGAAUGUUAGAUAUGACACAUAUGAAACCUGCAUGGCAAAUGUAUUACCUGCUUUAACUCCAUUGAUGAUUGAUUUGUGAUAGUGGGUGUGAUUAAUACUUCUAUAUAUAGAAUGUAUCGAUCUAAAAGUUUCAGUCGAACCCUUAAUCCUUUUGUUUUCUCUCCCUUUUUCCCAUUUUGCUGCUAUGGCCUUUUAAAGCACCUUUACCGUUUUGGUUCUUUCCUCUUUUCUGGUAGAGAUUCGCACAGUGUUCCUGUUUUAUAGGAUAAGGAUAUACAGGGAUUUCAGAUGUUAGGGCUUGAUGGUUGCUGCUUAUUUGAUGGUUUUGUUUUAAGUCGAUUCAGUAGAUUUUCUGAUCUAUAGUGAUGAACGCUGAGGGAAGUUCAGCCAAAAAUUUUAAUUCUGUCAUCAUUCGAUAACCCUCAUGUUGUUUCAGAUACAUAUAAGAUUUUGUUUUCCAUCACAACAAAGUGAAAGUGAAUGAUUAGGGGCUUUUAAGCUUAAGAAAUGUAAAAAAGUAACAAAAGGGGAUUGGGGCAUAGGAUCUGAUGCUUUGAGUUCAAAUAAAAAUGCAUAAAACAUCCCACUAAUAAUUUUACAUUCACCUAAAGGAUUAUUAGGAACACCAUACUAAUGCUGUGUUUGACCCUCUUUCGCCUUCAGAACUGCCUUAAGUCUACAUGGCAUUGAUUCAACAAGGUGCUGAAAGCAUUCUUUAGAAAUGUUGGCCCAUAUUGAUAGGAUAGCAUCUUGCAGUUGAUGGAGAUUUGUGGGAUGCACAUCCAGGGUACGAAGCUCCUGUUCCACUACAUCCCAAAGAUGCUCUAUUGGGUUGAGCUCUGGUGACUGUGGGGGUCAUUUUAGUGAACUCAUUGUCAUGUUCAAGAAACCAAUUUGAAAUGAUUUAAGCUUUGUGACAUGGUGCAUUAUCCUGCUGUAAGUAGCUAUCAGAGGAUGGGUACAUGGUGGUCAUAAAGGGAUAGACAUGGUCAGAAACAAUGCUCAGGUAGGCCGUGGCAUUUAAACGAUGCCCAGUUGGCACUAAGGGACCUAAAGUGUUCCAAGAAAACAUUCCCCACACAAUUACACCACCAACCUGCACAGUGGUAACAAGGCAUGAUGGAUCCAUGUUCUCAUUCUGUUUACUCCAAAUUCUGACUCUACCAUCUGAAUGUCUCAAUAGAAAUCGAGACUCAUCAGACCAGGCAACAUUUUUCCAGUCUUCAACUGUCCAAUUUUGGUGAGCUUGUGCAAAUUGUAGCCUCUUUUUCCUAUUUGUAGUGGAGAUGAGUAGUACCCGGUGGGCUCUUCUGCCAUUGUAGCCCAUCUGCCUCAAGGUUGUGCGUGUUGUGGCUUCACAAAUGCUUUGCUGCAUACCUAGGUUGUAACGAGUGGUUAUUUCAGUCAAAGUUGCUCUUCUAUCAGCUUGAAUGAGUCUGCUCAUUCUCCUCUGACCUCUAGCAUCAACAAGGCAUUUUCACCCACAGGACUGCCGCAUACUGGAUGUUUUUCCCUUUUCACACCAUUCUUUGGAAACCCUAGAAAUGGUUGUGCGUGAAAAUCCCAGUAACUGAGCAGAUUGUGAAAUACUCAGACCGGCCCGUCUUGCACAAACAACCAUGCCACGCUCAAAAUUGCUUAAAUCACCUUUCUUUCCUAUUCUGACAUUCAGUUUGGAGUUCAGGAGAUUGUUUUGACCAGGACUACACCCCUAAAUAUAUCGAAGUACCUGCCAUGUGAUUGGUUGAUUAGAUAAUUACAUUGAGAAAUUGAACAGGUGUUCCUAAUAAUCCUUUAGGUGAGUGUAUAUUAAAUAUAUAUUUUUAAAGUUCUUUAAUGCUCAACGCUUACAAUGCCAUGGUAGUUAAAAUAUUAUUUAAGUUUUGCUGGCUAUCUCAAUGUGAAGGCAAAAGCAGAAAUAAAUGCUUUUGUGCACAGGUUGUAUAGUCUACUGUUAUAUUACUUCACAAUGCUUGUUUAUCAUGUUUGGAGGUUGACAGCCCCUGGUCACCAUUCACUUUCAUUGUAUGGAAAACAGCAUGAACACUGCAACUAAUAUCUUCAUAUAUGUUUAGUGGAAGAAAUAAAAAUCACAGGUUUGGAAUAAUGUGAGGAUUUUUAAGAAGUCUUUAAUCUGCUUUAAUUACUCUGAUGACCAAGUGAAAUGCUCAGAUAGAGUGCAUGCUUUGUACUUAGAGUUUGUACGUUAUAUAUGAAAACAGAAAGAAAUUUUAAUAAGAGCUAAAAUCAUUAAAAACCACAACAAAUAUUGACGUUCCACAUUCAACUUUGUAGAAGCGAUGCUUAUGGCUAUUCUAAAAAAGAGAGAUGGUCAUUAACAUAAUGCUGUUGUUUUUAUUAGUGUUGUUUUAAUGUUGUUUUAAGGUGACAACAUCGACUCUUUUGACCACAGUACGACACCAGUUCUUUAUUCAAGCAUUUAUUUGAUACACUUUUGCAGUUCUGUUGUAAGAAGCACAAACAAAUUAAUGCUCAUCAGUUCUCAGAAAUAAUACAAUUAUUCUACUUAUCAGUUAAUGUUCUUUAAUGGCAGCUUUGAAUUGUGUUUUUAUGGUAUGAUGAUAUUUGUGGCAUUAGAGGUCAUAGCACGUAACUUCCUUGAAUAUGUUUUUAUUUGGAAUAUUUUGCAUAAAUGCAAUCAUGAGUAGAUCAUAAAGUGCUUGAUUUACCAAUACACACUUAAAGGUCAUACUUUGUUUAACUAUAUAAUAUAACUUACAUGCAUCUGACGCUUUUAAUGCUAUAUGUAGAAAUGUUCCAAAUAUGAACACAUCUAGGGGUGGUUUCCCGUACAGGGGUUAGUUUAUGCCAGGAUUAGACCUUAGUUUAACUAGGAAAUAUAACUAGUUUUAACAAACAUGCUUUACUUGUGUGCAUUUUGAGGCAAAGCAAAGCACACUGAUAUAUUUUGAGAUGCGUCAGUGCAUGUUGUUUUCAGUUUGGACAGCUCUUACUUUUAUUUUAGACUAGGACUAAUGUAAUCUCUGUCCGGGAAACCACCCCAUACAGUAUUCACAUGCUUACAUUUCUCUCAUUCAUGAAUAGUGCUUUUUUCUUUUUUAUGUGAAAGUGUGAUGAUUGAAAAAUAAAACUAAAGUGUUUACUAAAGUUA